GAGCGGAACGGUCUGAGCGCGUGCGAUCCAAACUCGUUUUUAUUUUGCGGAUUGAGUUGUGAUUUUGGAAAAACUUCUACGUGCGGAGUGUCGUGCGGAAUUAUUUUCAUUAGUUGUGCGAAAAAAUAAGUGCAGAUUGACAUUGUGAACUGUUGUAAAAGAAUAUCAGAGAGAAAAAGUGCUUUUGAAGAGAAAAAACAUGGCGACUGGUGGAGGCGGCGGGCUGCCUCCGGACAAAGGAAAAGACCCAAGUGAAAACGACGGAAACAAAAUGGCGGACGACUCAAUGCCUGAAUCGUUCAUGUACACGGCUAGGGAUGCUGCACCGUAUCGUGUAUACGUCGAAAUAUUGGACAACACGAAGCGUAUCAACAAGUUUUCGGUGGGCUCGGUACUGCGAAAGCUCGAGAAAUACCGAAACCAAAUCACGGAGCUCAAAUACCUCGGACGAAACAAAAUCAUUGUCUUCUUCAACUCAUGGGUGAAGGCAAACCUCCUGGUUGGCGAAACUGUACUAGCGGAAAAAGGCUACAAGGCGUACAUCCCUCGGCACCUGGUUUGCAUUACCGGCGUGAUCGGUGGCAUUCCGACGGACAUCGAAAUGGAGGAUAUCGAACAGGACUACGAAUGUGCAUAUCCGGUAGUGAGUCUGUACAGACUCAAUAGAUGGGAUCGUGAGAAAGGAAAAAAGGUCGCUUCAAACCGAGUCAGUGUCACAUUCCGGGCUAGCAACUUGCCAGAAAAGAUGAAGGUGUUCGGAUCGUCGGUUAAAGUACAGCCGUACGUCCGAAGAUUUGUGUUCUGCAACAACUGUCACCGCUUCGGCCACCGGGAAGAAAGCUGCAAAUCGAAAAAGCGUUGCGGCAAGUGUGCACGCAUACACGAGGAGGCUGAGGACCAUUGCCCGAACGAAGUGAAGUGUCUGCAUUGUCGAAAAUCGGAUCACCGUACCACGGACCCCAACUGUCCCUCCCGACAGCGCGAGAUAAGUAUCAAAACAAUGAUGUCGAAGAAGAAUCUGACCUACGUGGAGGCGCGAGAGCUCAUCGCUCCGCUUCCGAUACAGAAUCAGUACGACGUUUUGGCUGACAUUGCCGAAUUCCCUGCACUACCGAAUACGUUUGCGAAAAUGACGGCCGGUCGAUUCACAAUGCGGAGUAAUCAACCACAACAGCAACGGAGUAACGUCACUGCUAACAAACCAGAAGAACGACAGCUAGGCGCUAUCAAGAAACCAGCGAACGACACGUCAGGUGGAGCGAAGAAAAUGAAAAUCGACGAGGAACGUCAGCAGCUGAUCAAAGAUCGGAACGCAGAAGGAACGUCGAGAGGAAGUGGACUGGAAAACCGACAUGCCGUUAGCGAGCGAGAAAGAUGGGACAACAUCAUCAAGAAGGCAAACGCCGAUGCACUGGAAACAGCGAACCGCAACGUUCGGGGUGAACUCGCGAACUUCUACGCAGCUCUGAUCCAAUGCUCUGGGGUCACAGAAGAACUACAGGAAAAGAUUAAAGAAUACUCCAAAAAAUACUUGAAUCUUGAAAGCAUAAUAGUUUAAACAGAUCAAUCAACAACACGGAAUUUGCAAUUGAUUUUGCUUAUACGUUUCGUUUUUUUUUCUCUUUUUAUGGAUAAUUUCAGAUUUCUACAGUGUAACAUACAAAGCAUUUCCAAGAAUAAGGAUGAGUUACAGAGGGUAUUAACCGUGGGAGACUAUUCAGCAGUUUUACUUUCUGAAACUUGGACAAGUCCAUCAUUAGAACAAACAAGUAAGUACAAUAUUUCUCGCUAUCACAGAUUCGUUGACUCGAGGAUAGACGGCUAUGGUGGUAGUGCCAUUUAUUUGAAACAAGAAUUUGGUUAUAAGACAAUUAGAAUGCCCGUUCUAUCUGAUGCAACUCAAGCAGUGGCAGUUGAAUUAUGUACGCUGGACUUGAUUAUUGUUGCCAUUUAUAUUGCACCUUCCAUUUCAAAAACAGAUUUAGAGUCUGACUUAAUUAAGAUAUUUGAUUUGAUCAAAAAUUAUUCUAGAGUGCUGAUUGGAGGAGACUUUAAUUCGCAUCACCAUGCCUGGGGUAACGAUUUCACAGACUUAAAAGGAUCAAUAGUUAUGGACUUGAUAAACGAUAGUAAUUUAAUUCUUCUUAAUGACAACUCUAAAACUUUCAUACCAAUACAAUUAAACAGGAAAUCAACUGCAAUAGACCUUACCCUUUGCACACCUAAUCUUUUUUCAAAUUUUGAAUUUAAAACUCUUGAUUUUGGAAUAGGAAGUCACCAUUUACUAAUAGAAUUAACUUUCAACUAUAAUACAAUAGAUAACAGAAAAUACAUAUACAAUCAUAAAAAAAUUAAUGAUCAGAUUCAAACAUUAAAUCUAGAUAAUUGUAAUAGUAUUCAAGAAUUUCAAGAAACAAUAGCUAAUAUUUACAAAAAAUGCAAAAUCCGUAAUAGAUAUACUCCUAAACACUGGUGGUCGAAAGAAUUGUCUCAGGCAUGGGAUGAGAAAAACAAAGCACGAUCAGAUUUCAAUAAAAAUUCUACUUUAGAAAAAUUACUUGAAUGCAAGAAAGCUCAGGCAAAAUUUAAUAAACUUAAAAAAGAUGCUCAAAGGAGAAACUUCGAAUCUUUUGUUGAGGAAAUCAAUCCAACAAUGUCUUCGUCUGAGCUAUGGACGAAAAUAGGAAGACUAACCGGUAAACGUAGGAGGCCACUUUCUAACAACAUCAUUCAAGAAGAUAAGUCCAUGGCAGAAAGUUUUCUAGAUAAGCACUUUGGUAAAAACGAUCCAUAUUUUAUGGUGGAUGCAACAUAUCGUAUUGAAAAUAAUAUACUUAAUUUUGAUACAUUCAAUACUAUAAUCAAUACUAAAAAGAGAAGAUCUUCACCAGGAGAAGAUAGGAUAACAUACUCAAUGUUGCGACAACUUCAACCAGAAGCAAAAGUUACGAUAGUAAAACAUUUAAAUGACAUUUGGCGAGAAUGCUAUUUACCAAUGACACUAAAAACAAUAAAAAUUGUGGCGAUUCCAAAACCUGGAAAAGCUCAGGAUAGUAUUGAAGGCAAGCGGCCUAUUUCAUUAGUACCUGUUUUCACAAAAAUUAUCAAUUCAGCUGUUUUAGUUAAAUUACAAAACUUUUUAGAGGACAAUAGAUUAAUUCCAGAUACAUCCUUUGGCUUUCGAAAAAAUAUGUCAACUACAACAUGCUCAAACUUUUUAGUAAACGUAAUCAAACAAAAUAAAAGAGAUAAUUUUUUGACCGCCGUAGUAUUUUUAGACCUUUCCAAUGCAUUCAAUGCCGUUAAAACAGACAUUCUUGAACAUAUUUUGAUUAGCUUUGGUACACCUGGUGAAAUAACGUCCUGGAUUGUUAAUUUCUUACGAAAUAGGAAAAUAUCUUUUGCUCUAAAAAACCAAGUUAUUGAAAGGUUCGUUUCUAACGGAUUGCCACAAGGUGAUGUAUUAUCUCCCACCUUAUUUAAUGUGUAUACAGCGGCUCUCCACAAAAUAUUUGAAGGUGACGAAAUAUUAGUUCAGUUUGCAGAUGAUUUUGCACUGAUAAUAAAAGAAAAAAAUCUGGAAAUAUUAAACAAUAAAACACAACAAGCAGUAAAUACAAUAUUCAGAGAAUUAGAAAAGUUAAACUUUAGUGUAAAUCCUCAAAAAACAAAAGCCAUACUUUUUCAAAAUAGUAACAACAUGUUGAACUUAAAAAUUAAUAAUACAGAAAUAGAAACAGUAAAAUCUCACCCUUAUCUCGGAAUAACUUUAGAUAGAUACAUGAGCUUCGGUAUACACAUUAAAAACACAAAACUUAAAAUAAUAGACAGACUUAAUAUGAUAAAAGUAAUAAACGGUUUAAAACAAGGGGCCCAUCCACAAACUAUGGUUUUGGUUUACAAUGCAAUUUUUCGUAGUGUAAUGGAAUACGGAGCUUCGAUCUUCAAUAAUGCAAGAAAGACAAAUAAAAAACUGUUGAGCACAAUUAAUAAUCAAUGUUUACGUAAGAUAACCGGGUGCACCAAAACUACUCCUCUAAACUCUCUGAUUGCAGUUGCCGCAACUCAAACCUUAGAAGAUAGACAUGAAUUCGUUACCUGUAAAGAAAUAGCCAGAUCUAUAUUUAACAAAAAUCUUGUUGCUACACAGUUAUUAUCAUUAAAUGAAGGGAUUGACAACGAUAAAUUAUCAUAUAUGGAAUCAAUUUUUAUUAAAGAACAACGCAUUUUUAAAGCUAUAUCCCCACUUACAACUUUUGAUACUAGAACACCUAAGAUUGAAAUUUUUCCUGAAUUAGACACCAUUAAAUCUAAAAAACAAAAUACAAAUCCGGUAAAACUUAAACAAGCUGCACUAUAUCUUUUCAAUGGAAAAUAUAAAAAUAGGCCAAGAAUAUUUACAGACGCUUCCAAAAUAAAUGAACAAUGUGGGAUAGGUAUUUACAAUGCUUACAAUAACACUAGAUACUCAUUCAAAUUAGAACUAGAGACAUGCAUCACAACAGCAGAAUUAUUAGCCAUAGAUAAAGCACUUUCUUUCAUUGAUGAAGAACAAAUAAAUUUAGCUGUUAUAUACACCGAUUCAAAGUCAUCUCUUUUGAUCAUCGAUUCUGGUCAGCAUUCUAGAAAAACAUCAAAAUUAAUAAAACAAAUUAUAGAUAAAGCUUCUAAGUGGAACGUAACGCUACAAUGGAUCCCUAGUCAUAUCAAUAUUACAGGUAACGAAAUAGCUGAUAAUCUUGCGAAGUCUUCUCUUACUGGUAACAUAAUCAUGUCCAACUGCAUACUCCUUUCAGAUGCGUUCAUUUUGUUUAGAAAUAAAUCAAUUGAGAGCACGAAUCUGUGGUACCGAGAAUAUUCAACCCAGAAAGGCAAAACAUUUUUCCAAUUUCAACAGUCGGUUAACAAGGAGGCGUGGUAUUUUAAUAAAAAUUUAAAUAAUCGGAAU